AAUGAUGUGUGGGGGCUAAAACAUGCGACUUCUGUGUAUUAUCAGCGAGAGAAGGACCGCGUUGUGAACAUCGGUGAAUGCAAUGAUGGUGCGGCCGUGGUGUUGGUACCUGCUGGUCCACGUGGCCGCCGCUACUGUAUCAGUGCAGGGCCAGCAACUCGGCGAGAUGCAGUCUCGUGCUGUCGACACGAGGGUCACCCUAGAAAUACUGGAGGGUCAGCCCCGUGGCACUGUUGUUGGCACCAUCCCAAUAAAACCAAACUUUACUUACCGUUUUAACGAACCGCCAAGGGAAUUCACUCUCGAUUCGAACACAGGAGAAAUCCACACAACGGUCGUGUUGGACCGUGAAUCUUUACGAAACGAUAGGUAUGACCUCGUUGUGCUAUCCAGUCAGCCCACAUACCCAAUCGAAGUGCGUAUUGUUGUUAUAGAUGUAAACGAUAACACGCCUGAAUUCCCGGAGCCCAGCAUAGCGGUUACUUUCUCCGAAAGCGCGGCGGCCGGCACACGGCUAUUGUUGGACACGGCGAGUGACCGCGAUUCGGGAACAAAUGGUGUGUCUGAUGACUAUCGGAUAGUUGCCGGCAACAGAGAUGAUAAAUUUCGGCUUGUAGUCACUGCAAAUCCCAGCGGCGAAAUCACAUAUCUCCAUUUAGAAACAACAGGGAAAUUGGACAGAGAAACCAGGGCUUUUUAUCAGCUGAACAUAUCUGCAAGAGACGGUGGAGACCCCCCGAGAUACGGCUACCUUGAGGUCAAUGUAACCAUUCUGGAUGUAAACGAUAACCCGCCCAUCUUCGACCACAGCGAUUACAUAGUAUCUCUGAAUGAAAGUGUGCCUCCCGGAACUCCUGUCCUUCAAGUCAUGGCAACCGAUAGUGACGUGGGUGAUAAUGCCAAGAUCACAUAUUAUCUAGCAGACACGGAGAGGCAGUUCGGGGUCGAUCCUGAGACUGGCGUCAUAUCCACGACAGAGACACUAGACUGUCCCCAACAGAGUUGUCCCCAGCUGCCAACAAGACCUUCUGGAGGGGGCGGCUGUCCCAAGAGCUGUGUGUUUACCGUGUUUGCUCGGGAUCACGGAUCACCAAGACAAGACGGUCGAACUUACGUCACUGUCAAUCUUGUGGACGCAAAUGAUCACGAUCCUGUAAUAAGGUUCCGAUAUUUCCCCUCUACAGCUGGUUUUGCUACCGUGGACGAGAACGCUGUGAAUGGUUCUGUUGUGGCGGCAGUGUCAGUUGUUGACCUUGACGAGGGGUUGAAUGGUGAUACCACGGUGGAAAUAAAGGCCGGAAAUGAGCUGGGCCACUUUCGUCUGGAUUACACCCCUAGUUUUGACAUCGUCCGUGUUCAUGGGGUACUGGACCGAGAAGAGGUGAACAAAUACAACCUGACGGUCGUAGCAAGAGAUAAAGGUCAGCCGCCACGGACAGCAACCGCCUUCCUCGUGAUACACGUGAACGACGUCAAUGACCACGAACCAGUGUUCGAGAAGAGUGAGUAUUCCGCGGUUCUUAGCGAACUGGCUCCUCCAGGGACGUACGUUGCUGGCAUAACGGCAACAGACGAGGACACGGGAGUCAACGCUCAGAUUUAUUACGCCUUUGUGUCCGGCAACGAGCAUCGCUGGUUCGAGAUGGAUGUGAACUCGGGCCUGAUAACGACUCGGGCUCCACUAGACCGGGAAGUGCAGGAUACAGUGGAGCUCAGGAUUUCAGCCAGAGACGGAGGUCCGAAUCCUAAGUGGGCUUACACACAGUUGAAAGUGACAAUCCUCGAUGAAAAUGACGAGAAACCGGUCUUCUCAGAGGAGCGUAUCAACGUGUCCCUUUCGGAAAGCACUGCACCAGACACACUUGUCGCCAUGUUGACCGCAUCUGACCACGACCAAGGAACUAAUGGCAGUGUUACGUAUAAGCUUGUGGAACGCUAUCCUGGCGUAUUUGCUUUGGAUUCUCUGACAGGCCAGCUCACAACUCGGACUGUCCUCGAUAGGGAGACAGUGCCAGGCUAUGAGAUCCAUGUGAUAGCCCGUGAUCAGGGAGUUCCUCCACAGUCCGCUACAGCUACAGUCUUUCUUUCCGUCCUGGAUAUCAACGACAACAGUCCUGAGUUUUAUCCACAGCUAUACUUUGCGUCUGUGCCAGAAAAUCUUCCUGUUGGCUCUUCUAUUCUCCAAGUUACGGCAACUGACCGUGAUGAUAAGGAGCAUGCUGUUAUCAGGUUCGCUCUGCAGGAUACUGGAGAGAUGAGAGACAUGUUUGGUGUCAACGAGUCGACAGGUGUGUUGACUCUGAAAGCAUCGCUUAUGGAGACGCAGAACGCCUUGUUCAAGCUCGUAAUAACGGCGAUGGACGGUGGAGACAGGAAAGCGCUCAAGGAUGCAGAAGUAGAGAUCGUUAAGGAGAGCAGAAUGGAAGAACUGGAGUUUGAGUCGUACAGUGGCUACGAGUUCCAGAUCGCCGAGGAUUAUGGUGACAGGGCACCAUCGAUAGGCAGAGGAGUCGGUCGCGUUCAGGUGAGGUCAAGGGGCUUAGGAACUGGGAUGGCAGCAGUACGAUAUUCCAUCGUGUACGGCGACCCUCACAAGAGCUUCAGGAUCGACGAAAGUUCUGGGGUUAUAACAACAGCAAGUAGAAUCGACAGAGAACAAGUGGCGGUGUAUAGCUUAUCCAUCAUAGCGAGAAGAGGCCACGCAUAUGGUAGAACAACAGUGAACAUUACAAUACAUGACGAAAAUGACAAUGCUCCAGUGUUUUCUAGAGACAAGGACGAAGUGAGAUUAGCGGAGAACGCGGCGGUAGGCCAGGAAGUGUACUUGGCACGCGCAAGGGACCGGGAUUCUGGUAUCAACAGCCGUGUAUCCUACACGCUAUCCUACAAUCCAGAUGAACAGUUUAGUAUCGCAGAGUCCACUGGAGUCAUUUACCUGAAUCGUCCAAUCCGUGUCGAACCAGGCAGCACGAUGAGCGUGGAAGUGGCUGCAACCGACGCAGGAGAACCUUCACCACUGUCGUCACGUCACGUGGUGGUAGUCACAGUGGAGGACGUGAAUGAUCAUACCCCGGUCUUCGAUCACACUUCCUACGAGACUUCUCUUCUGGAGUCGACACCUGUCAACGCUAGAUUCUUCGCAUUGGCUGCUACAGACGCUGACCUUGGUGCAAAUGGACUGGUUCAGUACGCUAUAACUGAGGGAGACGCCGACGGGAAAUUUGGGGUCUUUCCUGACGGCUACCUGUAUGUUAAGAGUUCACUGGACCGCGAAAACAGGGACUACUACUCCUUGACAGUUACUGCUAGAGAUCACGGCGAUCCUGCGAGGAGUUCCAUGGUGCCAGUCGUUGUCCAUGUCAUUGACGAGAAUGAUAAUGCUCCAGAGUUCACCAAUUCAACCUUCACGUUCCAGCUGCGUGAAAACGAACCUCCGGACUCCUUCGUCGGCAAGCUUACAGCCACAGAUCGUGAUAUGGGACGUAAUGCAGAACUGACUUUCUCCCUAGCCAAUGCGCAGAAGGACUUUGCAAUUGACCCCAAAAAUGGCUUCAUCAAGACCCUACAUGUUUUCGACAGAGAAGAACUUCUUCAGAGCACCGGUCAGAGCUACGUCACUUUGGAAGCCACCGUUACUGAUAACGGAGUUACAAGACUAAGUGACAAAGUUAAAGUGAAUGUGUACGUAACAGAUGAAAACGACAACGCUCCUAAAUUUCUCCGAACUCCAUAUAAAGUUCAGAUAUCUGAAGCAUCUCCCGUGGGCACUCAGAUAUUCAGAGUAUCCACUACGGACGCUGAUGAGGGCCUCAACGGUGACGUAUUCUAUUCAAUUAUCAGUGGCAAUGCUCAGGGACAGUUUGCUAUUGACGAGGCUACAGGUCAGAUCACUGUGGCUCGGGUUCUGGACCGAGAGGCAGCUUCACGGUACGUGCUUAGUGUUGCAGCUCAGGAUGCCGGACUGAGUGUUCGGCUCAGUGCCACAGAAACUGUUGCAGUUGACCUGCUGGACGAGAAUGAUAACGCCCCUGAGUUCACACAGACCGAAUCCCGUGUGUCCGUGCUUGAAACCACAGCCAUCAACACAAGGCUCGUACAGUUCCGUGCAUCAGACGCCGAUCUCGGUGUCAACAGCGAAGUGACUUUCUCUAUCGGAGCUGGUAAUCGUCGCGAUGCCUUCCACAUGGACCCUCUUACCGGAACCCUUUUCCUGCACAAGGCCCUGGAUUAUGAGGAACUAACCACUUACACCCUCAACAUCACAGCUUCAGACGGUGGUAAUCCUCGCCUCUCCACUACGAUAUUAUUCCACGUGGCAGUUGAAGACAGCAAUGACAACCCACCUGCCUUCCCCAACACGGCCAUUGUUCGGCAGAUCCGUGAGGGUAUUCCUGUCCACACACCCAUAGUGACUGUGGCAGCUGAGGACCCCGACUCUGGUCUCAACGGCCGGGUCAAGUACACUAUCUCCCGUCAGCAGCCAGACGACUCCAGGCGACAUUUCGGCAUAAACCCAGCCACUGGCGUGAUCCACACCCUGCUGCCUAUUGAUCGCGAGUCGGUCGAUACUUUCCGGCUCCUCGUCGUGGCGACAGACCAAGCGCUUCCGGAGAACACGCGCCUCUCGGCCGAGAAGCUCGUAACAGUGAUCGUAGAGGACAUCAACGAUAACGCCCCUCUGUUCGUGUCGAUGAGUGCCGCCCUGCUACCUCGUACUGGCCUGCACGUAAUGCAGAUACUGGCUCGGGACCUGGAUUCCAGCACCAACGGAUUAGUCACCUACGAACUCGUCAGCGGGGACACCGACCUCUUCCGUUUGCACCGCAGUUCCGGUGCUCUGUCGCUGAAGACGACCAUAGCGUCGCCGGAAACCCGUUAUCACCUGCAAGUGAAAGCUACAGAUGAAGCUGUGCAGCCAGAGAGGAAGUCUACAGACGCCUACAUCACCAUCAUUGCAGGGGGAGGCGGCAGUUCGGGUGGUUUGGUGUUCGAGGGCGGGGGAGCUGCAGGGUUGGCUGGCAGUGUGUAUGAGAAUGAGCCUCCCGGCACGAGCAUUGUGACUGUGCGAGCAAAGGGACAGCCAGAUAACAGGGAGCUCGAGUAUUAUGUGGUGAACGUGACGGGAACACACGGGAGGCAGGUGGACCGUCUGUUUGACGUGGACACGAAGUUGGGCAUCCUCGCUACAGCCGCACAGCUUGACCGGGAAGCGGGUUCCGACACUUACACCGUCGAGGUCGCUGUCAUUGUAGCCAACUCGCCGACUCCCAUCACCUCCUCCACCAGGGUCAGAGUGACUGUUCUGGACAGAAACGACAGCCCGCCCUCAUUCCGUGACACUCCACUGGAGUACUCCGUGUCAGAGGACCUUCCUACUGGACAGAUGGUGGCCACGCUUAGAGCGAGUGACCCUGACACGUUGGGACAUCUUACGUACAGUCUGGUGUCCGGGGAUGACGGUCACUUUCAGCUGGACACUGCGGACACGGGUGUUCUACGGCUGAAAGAAGCCUUGGACAGAGAGGCACGUGACACCUACCGGCUGCAGAUUCGGGCGUCUGAUGGCGUACAGCACACCGAUACCGUGGUCACCAUCAAGGUCACGGAUACGAACGACAAUCCGCCCAUCUUCUCACUUGGAGCCUACUCCUUCGACGUGGCGGAGAACACGGGGCGCGGAGCUCGCGUGGGAGCCGUCACAGCCCGUGACAUGGAUGAAGGUGUCAACGGUCAAGUCAGCUACAGCGUGAUCUCGGACUGGGCUAACGAUGUGUUCUCACUGAACCCUCAGUCCGGCAUGUUCACCCUCACAGCCAGACUCGACUACGAGGAGGUGCAACAUUAUAUAUUUGUGGUGCAGGCUCAGGACUCCGGUCGCCCCAGUCUCUCCUCCACACUCACAGUGUACUUCAACGUAGUGGACCUGAACGACAAUGCUCCUCUGUUCGAUCCCAUGAGCUACAGCAAUGAAGUGUUUGAGAAUGUGACAGUUGGGACCAGCGUUGUUACCGUUAGUGCCACCGACCUGGACUCAGGCGAAAACGGAAGAAUAGUUUACAGCAUUGGUGCCGGCGACGAAGACAACGACUUCACCAUUGCGCAGAACGGAACCAUUUACACUACAAGGCUGCUGGACAGGGAAACCAAGUCUCUGUACAACCUCGUCGUGGUGGCUACUGACCAGGCUAAACUCCCACAGCAGUGCCUCUCGUCCACCGUCCAGGUGACGAUCGUACUGAAGGACGUCAACGACAUGUCGCCGGAGUUCAUCACUCCGAACGAGACUUCGGUGCCCGAAAACAUCCCCGUGAACACGGUGGUGAUGGCUGUGAAGGCCCUGGAUCGGGACGAGGGACGCAACAGCUACAUUGAGUACGCGCUCAGUGCUACUGAGCCAGGGCUGGGAACCAUGUUCUCUCUGGGGCCCGUGGACGGUCUCCUGAUGGUGUCCGGGCGUCUGGAUAGGGAGGCUCGGGCAAAUUACACCCUCGAAGUGACGGCUCGGGACAGGGGCGACCCUCCACGACAGACGAAGAAGAGAAUUCUGGUCAGAGUUCUGGACGAGAAUGACAACAGCCCUGUGUUCGAUCCCAAGCAGUACAGCGCUUCUGUGGCAGAGAACGCGAGUAUUGGCGCCAGUGUGCUUCAGGUUUCGGCAACUGAUGUGGACGAAGGCGCAAAUGGUCGAGUUCGGUAUGCGAUAUCCUCAGGUGACGAUAACAGAGACUUCACUAUCAGUGAGGACACGGGCGUGGUUCGCGUUGCCAAGAACCUGAAUUACGAGAGGAAAAGUCGCUAUAUCCUUACUGUUCGUGCCGAAGACUGCGCUGGAGGACUCCUGCUUCUAAACUCAGGCGAGGAUUCAACUGUCCGCUUCGACACGGCAUCUCUCGUCAUCACGGUGGCAGACAUUAACGAUAAUCCACCUACAUUCCUCGACUCGCCAUAUCUGGCUUACGUCAUGGAGAAUGUGAUCCCCCCUCCGAAUGGUUACGUGCUCACAGUAAGGGCUUAUGAUGCGGAUACGCCACCGUACAACGGACAAGUGAGGUACUUCAUCAAGGAAGGCGAUGCAGAUCUGUUCAGAAUUAACGCAUCGACAGGAGAGAUUACUCUUCUGAGGGCUGUGGACCGCGAGGCUCAAGCGGAAUACAUCCUCACUCUUGUCGCCAUGGACACUGGCACUCCCCCUCUGACAGGAUCAGGUACUGUGCGCGUUGUGGUCCAGGAUGUCAACGACCACAGUCCUGAGUUCGAACUGCAAGCAUACAGUGCCACAGUGAGAGAGAAUCGUCCCCCUGGAACUCCAGUUCUUCAGCCGGUCGCUACAGACAAAGACGCUGACCUCAACGCCAAGAUAAGGUACAGUCUGCUGGGUGACAAUGUGAGGCGGUUCCUUGUAGACGCAGACUCAGGCUUAAUAACAACAGCUGUGGAGCUGGACCGCGAGGAGGCGCAGAGUUAUCAUCUCACCCUGGUGGCACAGGAUUCAAGUGUGACGGAACCGCGUGCCUCAGCUGUGAACCUCACCAUCACUGUUCUGGAUGAAAAUGAUAAUGCACCACAUUUUUCCAGCGAGAGCUACAUCAUUCACGUGCCAGAUCGCACACAGCCAGGCCAGUUUGUAUUCGGCGCCAAAGCUGUGGAUGCUGAUGAGGGCUCUAACAGUAGAGUGGCUUUUUCUUUGGGUGGAGAGGACUCUUCUUUGUUUUCCAUAGACCGUGACACUGGCGUUGUAAAAGCUGCUCGAGAACUGUCAGGAGCAGGCGGACGUGGGCGAGAAUUCCGAGUGCAGCUUCGGGCUCGUGAUGGAGGCAGAGAAGCCAAGACAGCUACAGCUGAGCUCACAGUUCAACUGCGUCCUUCAGGGCUCUUCCCAAGCCUCACUGCACCUCGGGAAACCAAGUUCUCUCUUCCAGAGGAUGUUGCGGCAGGGAAGGUCAUCACACAACUUGGUGCAUCAUCCCCCAAACCACUACCAACCGGCGAGAUUCGCUUUGCUAUUGCUGGCGGCAAUGUCGGAGAUGCUUUGAGAAUUGAUCCAAAUACUGGUGAAGUACUCGUUGCAGGUGGAGGGCUGGAUUUUGAAACAGCACCUCAGUACAUCGUGUGGGUUGAAGCACAGGACUCUGAUGUCCCACCACUCCGUAGUGUCUUACAGCUUGUUAUCAAUGUGACAGAUGCUAAUGACAAUGCCCCAGUAAUGGAGAAUGCCAUGUACAAUGCCAGUAUCAUUGAGGAAGAACCUCCUCCACAGAAAGUGCUACAAGUUAGGGCCACUGAUGCUGAUUCUGGAACUAAUGGACAAGUCACAUAUCGUCUUGUAAAUGACGAGAAUGGCGCUUUUGAGAUGAACUCCGAAACUGGUGAAAUAUACACCAAUGCUCGCCUCGACAGAGAGAGUGUGUCAAGCUACCAGCUCAUUGUAGAGGCCAUGGAUCACGGUCCUCCUCAGCUCACAGGCAGUUCUACUGUUGUGGUCACAGUCCUGGACAAGAAUGACAACCCUCCACGAUUUACACGGCUCUUCAGUGUCAACGUUACAGAAAAUGCAGAACCAGGUGCUUUUGUGAUUAAGGUUACAAGUUCUGAUUUGGAUAUCGGAGAAAAUGCAAAUGCAACAUAUAGCUUCACUGAAAAUCCUGGAGAGAAAUUCUCUAUCGAUCCCACUACGGGUAACGUGACUGUUGCUGGCCCAUUGGAUAGAGAGGCACAGGAUGAGUAUCUUCUCAAGGUUGCAGCAGUUGACGGGGCUUGGCGUGCUGAGACACCACUAACGAUUACUAUCCAGGACCAAAAUGACAAUGCACCAGAGUUUGAGCACUCAUAUUAUAGCUUUAAUUUCCCAGAGCUUCAGCGUAGCAUUGUGUUUGUGGGCCAGGUAUCAGCGGCUGAUAGGGACAAACAGGGUCCAAACUCUGUCAUCUCAUAUUCACUGCAACAUCCAUCUGAUCUGUUCACUGUUGAUCCUGCGAGUGGUGAGCUGUUCUCCAAGAGAUCUCUCCGGUAUAAACAUACAGCACUGGAGCCAUCUCCAGAGAACCAGUACAUCCUCACUGUGAUGGCUACUGACAAUGGAAAGCCACCCAUGUCCUCAGAAUGUUUGGUAACUGUCAAUGUGGUGGAUGCAAACAACAAUGCUCCAAAAUUUGAGCAGGCAGAAUACUUCACUCCGGUUCCAGAAAGUGCUGUAGCAGGACAACAGGUUAUCCGGGUGACAGCAAAGGAUGAGGCAGACUUUGGUGUGAAUGCAGAAGUGGAGUAUGUGAAAAUUGGUGGCAAUGGUUCUGAGCUGUUCAGUGUGGGGAAGACAACCGGCUGGGUGUCAGUGGCGGGUUCUUCCCUCGCUGGCAGGCUGCUGGAGACAUACACCUUAGUUGUGAGGGCAGUAGACAAGGGUGUCCCACCCCAGAGUGAUCAGGCUGUCAUCACACUUGUCAUAACAGGGGAGAAUCGAUACAGUCCCGUGUUCACAACCCUCAGCUACCAGGUAAUUGUUCCAGAAAAUGAACCGCUUGGAGCCACUAUCGUUACCAUGACUGCUGCAGAUGGUGAUGAAGGGCCAAAUGGCAUCGUGCGAUAUUCAAUCUCAAGUGGCAACGAAAGAGAAGAAUUCCAUGUGGAGCCUGCCACCGGUGCCAUCACUAUUCACCAACCAUUGGACUAUGAUACAGUUCCAGAAUAUCGCCUCAACAUCACUGCUUCUGACUUAGGCUUUGAACCACGUCAUGCAAUAGCUAUGCUCACCAUCACCCUCACAGAUAUUAAUGACAAUGCCCCUGUUUUCAACCAAACAUCAUAUGAGGCAUUCUUACCAGAAAAUUCUCCACCACACUCAACAGUUUAUCGUGUACAAGCACAUGAUAUUGAUUCAGCCAAAAAUGCUAUAAUUCAGUACUCCAUUGUAGGUGGAAGUGGUAAAGAUGUCUUUACAAUCGAGCCAAAAACAGGUGCGAUCUUGUCCAAGACGAGUUUUGAUUAUGAAGAGCAAAAUGUGUACAUUGUUGAUAUAUUGGCUGCCAAUCCAGAUUCACCCAUGUAUGGCUCAACGAAGGUUGUUGUUCACAUCACUGGAAAGAAUGAGUUCUAUCCAAGAUUCAUGCAGCCAGUUUUCCAUUUUGACGUAUCUGAGUCUGCUGAGGUUGGCACCAGUGUCGGUAUGAUUCAAGCUACAGAUCAAGAUGCCGGAUAUGAUGGUGUAGUGUUUUACUUAUUUGUUGGUUCCAGCAAUGAUCGUGGCUUCAGCAUAGGAGCAGAAACAGGCGUGAUCAAGGUAUCACGAAGAUUGGACAGAGAAACUCAAAAUCGCGUAGUGCUGACCGUGAUGGCAAAGAAUGCUGGUGGUAUAAGGGGUAACGAUACAGAUGAGGCCCAGGUAAUAGUGUCAAUUCAGGAUGGGAAUGAUCCUCCAGAGUUUCAGGAAGCUGUGUAUGAUGCUGUGGUGUCUGAAGGUGCUUCACCAGGCACCAAAGUCAUCACUGUGAAAGCAGUUGAUAAGGAUGUAAGACCACAGAACAACCAGUUUUCAUAUUCUAUCAUUGGUGGAAACCAGGGACAUGUAUUCAAAGUUGAUCCAGCAACUGGUGAUGUUGAAACCACUCUGCAACUAGACAGAGAGACUGUUCCUGCAUACACUCUGACCCUGGGAGCUAUUGACACAGGUUCGCCACCACAGACUGGGACAACUACUGUCAGAAUUGCUGUGCAGGAUAUUAAUGACAAUGGCCCUUUGUUUGAUCCACCUGAAGUGAUAGGUUAUGUGACAGAAAAUGAACCGCCCAACACCAGUGUAAUGACUUUGAGUGCAACAGACCCUGAUCUGCCACCAAAUGGGGCACCUUUCACAUACCAGCUUGUUGGAGGGCGCCAGAAAGACUUGGUGAUUGUGGAGAAGCAAAGUGGUGUUAUCAAGACAACAAGAAGUAUUGAUCGAGAAACAACGCCCAGGCUUGACAUACUGGUUGAAGUAGAGGACAGUGGCGAACCUCGCAUGAAGUCACAGCAUCCUGUCACCAUCUUGGUGAUGGACCAGAAUGACAGCCCUUCCACACCUCGAGCCGUCCGUGUCCUAGUCCACACUUUCAACGAUGCGUUUCCAAUAGGGAAGAUAGCUGACGUUCAUCCAAAUGAUGCCGAUACUUCGGGUGAAUACCACUGCAAGAUUCUGUCUAGUACUCCACCGCCUAGAGGCAUCCUCACAAUCCCGUCUGGUUGUGACCUUCACACUUCCAAGGUUACACCAGGAUCUGGACAUUCCCUGAGCAUAUCUGGGAAUGAUGGGAGGCAUCCAGAUGUGGUCUCUACUGUAACUGUAGAGUUUAUUUCCUUUGACAACUCUACAGUUGAACACAGUGUGACUCUUCGAUUGGAGAAUAUAACUGCUUCUAAGUUCCUGACCCAUUUCUACAAGGGCCUUCUUGAUGUGCUCAAAUCUACAUUUGGGCCUGGUGAUACUGUAUAUUUGUACAGCCUACAUGAAGCUGACAGUGGGCUGGAGUUAUCAGUAGCUGCACAGAGUCCUAAAGGCUAUCGUAGUAAGGCUCAGCUGUUGGAAAUGCUUGGUAAGAAAAGAGCCACUAUGCAGCAUCUUCUUCAGUCUGCUGCCAUCACUGUUGGUUUCACGCCGUGCCAGAAACUGACCUGUGAGAAUGGAGGUCAGUGUAGUGAUGGGAUUCUUGUGCAUAGUGAGACCAGAAUCACUGACAGCCAGACAGUUGUGUUCACAUCUCCCAUGGUGAGCCAUGACUUCAUGUGCCGCUGUACAGAUGGAUUUGUGGGGAAACGGUGUGACAGAAGGCAAGACCCAUGCUCUCCAAAUCCUUGUAGAGCUAAUGGAACUUGUAGACGCCAAGGAUUUGAUUUCCAAUGUGUUUGUCCACCUCUUCGGGAAGGAAAACUUUGUGAGCUGGAACGUGGUGAUGUUUGUGAUGGGAACCCAUGCUUGAAUGGUGGUUCUUGCCGCGAGAGUCCUGAUGGCUCGAGCUUCUUCUGUCUCUGCCGGCCUGGAUACCGAGGGAACCAGUGCGAAGCUUCAGCUGAUUCCUGCAGACCAAACCCAUGUCUGCAUGGUGGUUUGUGCAUCAGCUUGAAACCAGGAUACCGUUGCAGCUGCCCUGAAGCCAGAUAUGGCCGUCACUGUGAAAGGUCAACUUUUGGAUUCAAUGAACUUUCAUUUAUGACCUUCCCAUCCCUGGAUGCUGGUACAAAUGACAUUUCUGUGGUGUUCGCAACAACGAAGCUGGAUGCAUUGCUGGUGUACAACUUCGGAGCUCAGACAGGUGGGAGGUCAGACUUCGUGGCCCUUGAGCUUGUUGCUGGCCAUGCAGUGUUCUCAUAUGGUGCAGCUCGCACUGCAAUCACUUCUGUGAUGGUGAACGGCGGCUCGUUGGCUGAUGGUGAGUGGCAUAAGGUGACUGCAACCCGCAAUGGACGUGUUGUGUCGCUGAGUGUGGCAUCCUGCACAGAGCACGGAGAUGUCUGCAAGGAGUGUCGGCCUGGGGAUGCUUCAUGCUAUGCUGAUGAUGUUGGACCAGCAGGGACACUCAAUUUCAACAACCAGCCAAUGUGGGUUGGAGGUCUUGCCUCUGCAGAUGCGAUCCUUGAGCGACCUGGGCAGGUUCACUCUGAUGACUUAGUGGGCUGUGUGCAUAGUGUCUCAGUGAAUGGAAGAGCUUUGAAUUUGAGCAAUCCUCUACGUUCCCGGGAAGUCGACCCAACCUGUGGUAGAUCCACUGGUCGCAGUCCAUGCUCUGCACCUGAGAACACAGUGCUAGAAAUAGCUCCAUGUGGGCCCAUGGGUUCCUGUCUGGACCGCUGGAAAACCGUUGCUUGUGUCUGCCCCAGUAUUGGGCCACGAUCCAAUGGACGCCUUGUGGCACCUGAUUGUCGUGAAUCUCUCCAGCCUAUAAGCCUUGCAGAAGGAGCAUUUCUUGAGUAUCGAGUUUCAGACAAACAUCGACGUAUGCAGUUAUUAGAGUCAAUUUAUCAGGGAUCUACAUUAUGGAGAGAAGUUCUGCCAGGGAAAUCCAAGAACACUCAGAGUUCACCACCUGCUAAGAGUCUCAGUAUUAUGUUCAGGACAGUGCAAGCUGAUGGAUUGCUUGUCUAUACUGCCACUAAUAAUGACUUCACAUCUUUAGAGCUUCGAGGUGGAAAGUUGGUGUACGUGUCACGACUGGGGGCCACACGGACACCAGUCAAUAUGACUGUGACACCACCAUCUGACAAAACUAACAGUGGUGGAUUGGCUGAUGGGAAUUGGCACAAUGUAACUCUAACUUCUCACAACCGUGGGCUCCGACUUCUACUUGAUGGUGUUCGAGUUGGAGAUGAACUGGAUCUAGCUGGAGUACACGACUUCCUAGAUCCGUACCUCACUGUUGUCUUCUUAGGAGGGAUAAAGAGGGAACUAUUUACUAUCCAGGAUUCAGCUCCAGUCUUAUUUGAAGGCUGCAUUGCCAACUUCAGCAUUAACGAUGAAGUACAGCCAUUCAAUGGGUCUGGCAGUAUCCUGUCAGAGGUACUGCAGUAUGGAAAGAUCAGCACAGGCUGUUCUGGCUCUGUGGGAGGUGUGAGCGCUGCUGCAGCCCCGGAUCCUCUCAGCAUAGGGAUCACUCUUGUCAUCGUAUUCUUUGUCAUCCUCCUGGUUGCCAUACUUGUCAGUUUUGUUGUCUUCCGACUGCGACGACAGAAGAAAGAGAAAGGCGAUGGUCCAGGGGGUAGUCCAGGUGCUGCAAAACAGAAUGGAAAUAUGACUCUAGUAGCCGGUGGCGGUGUUAAUGUUUCUAAUGGUGGGGGUGAUUCUCGUGAAGGUCCACCUAGUUUCCUGUCAGAGACCAGUGAUGUUCUGAGGGGUGGCCAUCAUCUUGUUGCACCAGAGCUGAUAUCUAAGAAAUACAAAGAACGAGAAAUUGUUGGUACGGAAAUGAGGCCUCAGAGACCUGAUAUAAUAGAAAGGGAAGUUGUAAGCAAGUCCCUACCACAGCACCCCCCUCUCCCACCUCCUGGCACUGCGUCACAGAGUCAAGGACAGCCUCACCACCCACAUGAGCAGACCCAACCUUCUAGUGGAGGUGUAGACUUAGAGGUACCAGAACAUUAUGACCUGGAGAAUGCAAGUUCCAUAGCACCCUCUGACAUAGACAUUGUAUACCAUUAUAAGGGUUACCGUGAAGGGGGCAACGUUAGGAAGUAUAAAGCUACACCGCCUCAUCUACCACCCAGUGCUGGAGGUAGUGGUGGUGGGGGUGGUGGAGGAGGUCCAGUGGCAAGUUACCAUCACAAGCACCAAGCAUCGGCACAGCAACAGCAGCAUCGGCACUCGCCACAUCACUUCCCACCAGGAACACGGUCAGUUGUACCACCACCUCCAGCCUCCAGGGUAGAUUCUCCACCAAGUACUGGUGCUGGAGGCAGCUCUAGUGGAGGUGGGAAACUGCUUCAGAGCACUCCCUUAGCACGCCUCAGCCCCAGCUCAGAGCUGUCAGCUCAGCAGACUCCAAGGAUCCUGACACUGCAGGAUAUCAGUGGGAAGCCACUGCAGUCAGCCCUUCUGGCCACCACAUCAUCUUCUGGUGGGAAGGAUGCCAGCGAGAGGAGCCUCAAUAGCCCAGUCAUGAGCCAGCUGAGUGGGCAGAGCUCAGCGGCAAGUCGUAAGGCAGGCCCUGGUGGAGGUGUCGGUGCUGGUGAUGGGGGAUCUGGCGGGGCAGUGGGACUCACUGCAGAGGAGAUAGAGCGACUCAAUUCCCGGCCACGAACAUCCAGCCUUGUCAGUACCUUGGAUGCUGUUUCCAGCUCCAGCGAAGCUCCACGUGGACGAAGGUUACUGGAAUCAGGGGCUGGACCUCCGCCGCCAGUUGUCCAUCAUCUCAACCACCUGCACCAUACUGCUGCAAGUGCAGAUCCACUUCUGGAGAACCACAGCUCAACCACAACAGAUGAGAGUGGAAAUGACUCUUUUACCUGCUCUGAGUUCGAGUACGAUAACAACACAAACUCGGAGAACACAAGUAAUGCCAAACGUGGCGAAGCCAUGUUUGGUGCCUCAGGGAAACUGCCUCUAACAGAGGCAGACAAUGAAGAGAGACGGGGUGCAGAGAGUGGGGGUGCAACUGGAAGUGGAAGCAAACCUCCCAUACCACCUGUACCUACAUCCUAUGACGGUUUUGAUUCCUCAUUCCGUGGCUCCCUAAGCACCCUUGUCGCAUCGGAUGACGACCUCUCAACGCAUAUGGGAGCACCAAUCUACAGGCCCCACAAUGGUUCUCCAUCGGCAGGAGCAGCCAUUGGUUGGGAUUAUGUCUUAAAUUGGGGGCCCAAUUUUGAAAGUCUUGUGGGUGUCUUCAAGGACAUUGCAGAGCUUCCAGACUCAGUGAACAGCCGUGUGGCUGCAUCUCUAAGACUUCCAAGCAGUGCUCCCAAACCAUCAGAAGAAUAUGUGUGACAAAAGACACACCAUUAGGUGAAUGGACGUCAGAUCUGUUUAUGUUAUUGCUUUCUUCUCAUCCUUAGGGAACAUAAUAAAUGUAGGAAUUUCUUCAAACAUUGAAUUUCUUUUUAUAUGAUCAGUUCAAAAACAUGAAGUUAUUUCCUAUCAUGAAUAUUUGAAGAUACAUGACAGACAAACGUACUUAGGAAAGAACUGUUUUGAAGAAUUUGGUAAGAAAAUUUUUUCCUUAAAUUAUUUGUUUGGUCUUUAUACUUACAACUCACGGUUGAUGAAGUACUAUGCUCUUUUAUAAGCCAUGAAAGCUAGAAUUGGAAUACAGCAUUUGGAUGAGCAGAUCUCAUGCCCAGUCUCAUGUUUACAAAUUCUUGCCAAUCUGUUAAUGAUGCACCAAAGUCUUCCACUACUUUUAUCUAUGUCAAGAAAUAAAUUCAAAGUGAACAGAAACUCACAUUGUAUUAUACGUGAAGUCGUUGCAGAUGUUUUGUGAAGUGCCCAGUAUGUGUUUGUUAUGUGUGAUUGUGCUCACAGACCUGAGGAGUGUGUCAAGAUGCAUCUGUCUUCAGAAUUCAAGAAGGUGGUAAAGAAUUUAUGCAACGAUUUUUUGAGUGGAGCUUUACACUUGCUUAAGUAUCUGCAACUUGAUCAUUAAACUUUUAGUUAUUGCAGAUCUUAUAAAAUUGUGGAGUAUGCUUUAAGUCACUAAUACCGUCAUCUUACAUUAAGUGGCAUACCAUUCACAAGUGGUAGAACAAUGGCAACUGUUUCAAAACCGGUGGAAUUGGCAGACAGCAUCCAAAACUAUUUCCAUGAUUUUGUAUGCUGUGUACCAAAAUGCCUUCCAAAGAGAUACUGUGACAAGUGAAGGAAACAAACAGUUUUGGAAUGCAAAGACAUAUUUACCUAAUAAUAAGUUGUCAACUUUGAAACUAAUGAAAUCCUGUUGACUAUGAGCCAUUGGGCUGUAACCACACUGAGCUUUAUCUUCUAGACAUAAUAUUAUCAGAGUAUAGGUUACUUAUCUAUGAAUGCUGUUACUGAGGAUUGCAAAGGGAUAUAAUCUUACCUGCAUGACAGCCACAUCUUCCAUUCAGGAACUUUAUUAAGAAUAAAUGACUGUGAUUGGUUACACUAUAUUAAAAAUAUAUCCAGUGAAAACCAUUGUGAAACGUAAUUGCUUGCAGUGGGUUUGUACUGCUCACAGCAGUGUCUGUGAAGAGUGCAGUCUCCUGGGGUGUAAUGCCUUGUGUUCUGGUAGAAGUUUGAGAAGAACAUACUGCAAUGAGGAAGCAUGGUGUCACUGUAUUUGCUUGCAUGGCUUACUCUUUGACUCUGAAGAUUGAGGCAGUAUGUUCCUCCAAAACAUCAAUAAUCUUCUACCAGACUGCAUGGUGUGUCAUCCCAGCAGAUAGUACUCUUCAGAAUUUUAUAGAUUGACAGUGCACUAAGUGAGGUGUCCCUGUACUCUGUUUUACUGUUUUGCUUUCCGGUUGUCAUCAUAUGUAGAGAUUUGGAAGCAUUCAGAUUGUAACGGUAUAGAUUUGACUUGCAGAUUUAGAAAUGUAUGUUAUACUUGUAUUAUAUAUGAGAGUAUAUUAUAUUAUUUUAAUGGUACACUGUUUUGCACAAAUUUACUGUUUGACAUACAGGAAAAUAUUUUAAAUCUUUUGAACAGAUAAUACAACAAAUCAUUCAGUUAAGAUAAAAAUAUUGCUACUUUUAUAUAAUAUGUUUUCAAAUAUGUUUUUAAAAUUCAGAUAAAUUUAAAGUGUAACUUGUAUGAUUUAAUAAAUGGUUUUCUAUCUUACUCAGACCCUAUGUCUACCUAAGACAUGUCUUAGCACAGGGGAUUAUCAGAUGCCAAGAUCUCUGUUCAUGAAGCCCAGGGUUGUUGGUUUCACCCUAUCAUCACUGGGUCACUUCAUGAAACACCUGUGUGUGUGUGGCUGGCCCAUCACAACCAAUACAUGCCUUCUGGGUAAUAUAAACAGCCUAUUGGAGAAUAUUUUUAAACUACUGUAAACACAAUGGAAAACUAAGUUCUCAACAUUUACUGUCUAUAAGAUAGAGCUCAGUGCAUUCAGUUAAACACUCUGAGUACUUAAUCAUCCGUAAAGACUAUUUAUCAGGGAUUUAUGUGUCGUGCUAACAUAAUGUAAAUGAGCCAUUCAUAAGAGCCUUUCUGUAUUAAAAUGCCUUAAUACCUCUACAUACAUUUUAGUACAUUUUGUAUCUAUUUUCUCAUCAAAGUCAGAAAUUAUGUAACCAUUUAAAUACACAUUUUCUUCUGCUGGUAUAAAGAUUACUCUUCAAGAGAAAAUCCUUCUCAUUACAUCACUAUAUAAAACAGUGUGGUUAUUUCCCACAUUCCAAGAGCUUUAAUUAAUGCCAACUGAAUUGGCUUGUGUAAGAACAUUAAAUCAUUACAUUCUUCUUAGCUUCUGGUUAUCCUUGUUAAGAGUUAAAUUGUACAGUACUACGUUCUCAUAGUAAGUGCUUCAAGUUUUAGAAGCUACCUGUCAUACAUUUUUCUAGUUAAAAACAUUUAAUUCUGCUAUGCAUCACCAAAAGAACUAUACAGAAAUUGUCAGUAGCAUAGCUUAGUGAGGUAUGGGAGUGAAAUAAAUAGUAAUUUUGAAAGUCCAGUGAUGAACUUUGUAUUUUUUUUUCAGUUCCAAUGUAUUUCACAUAUUGUUAAAAAUUAUUUGCAUUUGGCACCAUAUGGAAAACAAGUUGUCAUGAUAUGCCCUGUAUUAAAAUUACCGUGAGACAAUGCAAGGUCUAAACUAAUAGCUAAACAAAUUCUAUAAUGGGAAAAAUUCCCAUAUUAUUCAGACACUGUAGAUAGUCAACUAAACACUUCAAAUUUUUAGUUAAAGGAUAUUGUUAGCAGUUACUUAUAAACAUAAAAGGUAUCUUUGCAGAAAUAUUACUAGUAGACUAUUCUUUUAGUAUACUGUUCAGGCUCAGUAAACAUGUUAGCUUCAGUAAUCCUGUAUGUACAAAUAACUCUUAGUUUUACAAUUCUGGCAAAGAAAUUCUGUUCUGUCUUUUAGGCUGAAUAUUCAUUAAAUUUAUUAACAUUAUUAAAAUUCAGUUAAAGUAUGUUAUCCGUGUCUUGUAAUAUAGAAAAAAUAUCCCAACAUUAUGAGCUAGGCUCAUUUUAGUCACUUUGGCCAGAAGGGAACAAAGGAAGGUUCACAAUAUCUUGUGUCAUGCAUAAAAUUCAGUGAUGAACUUCUAGAGAUGCGAAGCUCUUCUGGAGAAAACACUCUAAAGAACUAUGAUUUUUCAAUAUACUGGGAAAAAAAUAUUUUUGAGAUAACAUGAACAGAAUAAAUAGGAAAUAAUAUAAUCUCAUUUUAGUUACCAGGCUUUUAAAAUUAUAUUCCAGUAUAAACUAUGUUGAUUCUGACUUUUGCUUUCACUGUGAACUCUUCUUUUUGUCAGCCUUCAGCUUCCAAUAACAUUACCUAUAAGGGUAUAAAAGCACCCUUUCCACAAAGGAUUCCAUUCUGAUGUUGCUGAAUAAAACUGAAGAGAAAAAAAUAAAUCAGCUGCUUAGCAUAAGGCAGCACUCUUUGAUAGCUUCUUUCUUUUGUCUUUACCCCCAGUCCUCAAAUUGCUAUGCUGCUGAAAGUCAUUCAUGAGGUUACAAUUUCAAAUAGAAUCCACGUAAUGGAUUUGUAUAUCUGUCUUUUCUUUUCACUUCUGUUUAAAGAGUUUAUAAGACUAUAUGCUCAAUUAUUUGCCACAUAGCUUUGGUACAAAUUAACAGAGUAUUUGUUGCCAUAUUAUAAUGAUGCUGUCUUGUUCAUAAGAAUGUGCUGGCAAUGAAACCGACAUCUUGUACAUAUAAUUUGUAUAAUUUUUUUAAACUGACAUUAUUUUUAUGUACUGUAUGCAUGCAUGAUUUUUUUAUAGAAUGUGCAUAUAAUGUGAAAAUGGAAGUAUAAGGUUUCAAUGUUGUUUUUAGCCAUAAGCGGUAGUGCCAAAUUUAUAUUCCAAUUUUGUACAUAAAUGUAUUAGACAUACGGACUUUGUAAUAAUAAUAUUAUCAUGAAACAUCA